CUUACACAGACUCUGAGCUGCACUGCACGCACCUGCAUACCUUCGCCCAUAUAAGUGACGAGGUCCACAGGUCCCUUACUAUCAUCACCACCCCACCUCGACUACGCAUCUCUGAUCCCCGAUCCCCUUGAGACCUCAGGCCAAACAAUGUAUGCCAACUCCUACGACCGGAACUCAACGCCCAUUGAGCUUUCGAACAAUCCUUUUGUGAACGAUCCAUCGAAUCCUCACACGCGGUUUCCAGACAUCUCUGGCUCGUCUGGCUUGUCGUCUCCCCCGCUCGGAAACCAGCCCCAACAGGGGUACGGCGGGUAUCAACCGCAACAGCAACCAUAUGGUCAGCAACAGGGUCAAUUCGCGAAUCAGCAGUACAGCGGUUACCAGCCCCAGCCCACUGUGCAGCCAUGGGGCCAGCAGCAGCCAGGCUUCUCGCCCGGAGGAGGGUCAAUAGGCUCGCAGCCCACUGGACGUGGCUUCCAGCCGAGUAGCUCUUUUGGCCAGCAGCUCGUCUCCGCCGUUGAUGGGCAGCAACAGCAAUUCCAACAGCCAUACGCGACUGGUUAUCAAAACCCAGGUCAAACAGGCUCGUACGGCGGCCAGCAGCAACAAUACCCCGGGCAGCAGUAUCCCCAGCAGACUGGCUACCACCAGCAGCUGCAAAACGCCCAGUAUUUAUCUGAAUUUGAUCCUUACAAUGGCCAGCAGCAGCAGCAGCAGCAGCAACAGAUGAACGGCUACAACAACUCUGGUGGUGCAGGCGGAUCUGCCUCGGGCUUCACGGGAGGUGUACCAGGAGGCCAGCCUCACCCACGCGAUUGGAUCCGUACGCACAAGACAGAGCUCGAGGCGUGGGAUGUAUACACGUGGAGGCAAAUGUUCAACUCAUGCGACGUGCUCAAAGCGGCGUGGGGUACACGAAAAGAUGAGCUUGGGCGGUACGUCGCUCAGCUUGGGCCUCAAGGCGCGCCCGGACUGUUCGGUGGGGGUGGGUAUGGAGAGUAUAACCCUGAGGCCGAACGCUGGAGACAAAUGUACAAGGACGCGAACUCGAAUCACGACACAAUUGCGGCUUGUGUAUUCCAGCUGCACGAGGUGCACGAUCAUUAUCGGCAAUCGGGCGAUGCUGCAGGCAAACGACGAGUGCGAGAGUCAUGCAAUGCGGCGUUGUCGAGCCUUCCGGAUUGGCCUCAGCCUCUUCGGUAACUCUCCUCUUCCGUGACUUUCUUUGGGUGAUUAUUAUUUACAUGAUUGUCAAUUAUGGAGUAAGAUUGGACAUUGUAUCAAUUUUUCUUGGGUCCGCACUCCGCUCAAGCCAUUUUUUCUAUCAUACACUCUGGCCGCACUACAAAGUCUACAAUUCCGUUGUUUACAGUAAGCUC